AAGGGAGAUCCCGCCCCUCUCCGAGUCAGCGAUUGGCCCGUUCCGACUUCGGGAUUCCAGCGCCAAUCGCUCGGAUAAGUCAAGCGAGCUGCCAAUCGCACAGGUGUCUCUCGGGCAGGUAGGGGCUAGGCGCGUUGACUACCGGUUUUAGUUCGCCUUAUCCCGGUUAAGAGCGGGAUAAGAAAAAGUGAGCCAACUCCGGUCGUCCCAGCCGCCUCCUUAUUCACUUGUCGGGUCCGAAGCUGCGGUUUCCAGGCAGGGGCCCGCCGGGCUAUGCCGGUGACGCAACGCGAGAGUCAAAGGUGAACAGUCCAGGCUGACCUCCACAGCGCCAAAUCCAGAAUGAGUCGGUCAUCCCGCGGCAUAGAUCUGAGCUUCUUAAAUGGCGAGGAAGCCCGGCAGAUCCUCAAAGUGUUGGAGCGGGACUCCCAACUCAAAAAAGCCGAAAAAGAAAGGCUGAGCAAACGUCAAAAGAAAAAUGAAGAUACAACAGGGUGUCCAGGAAUGACAGGCGUAUGGCUUGAAGAUUUCCAGAAGAGAAAAUUUAAAAGUGAGACGGAUAUCAGCAGAACGCCGAAACAACCACUAAGUCACCUGUUGAAAAAGGCCAUGGGGAACAAUUCUGCAAACACAAAGGGUUCUGCUUUAGAAGUUCCUCAAGCCCAGAAGCCUGGAUCUACUUCCAUACUAGAAGGACUGAGAACACCAUUUGCGUCUCUCUUCUCAUCCUUCAAGAAAUCCAAAAAGCAGCAUUUAAAACCUCCACAAAAGCAGCAGCAAAACUCUUUACGACAUGACCACAUGACUUCGGGUGCCCACACAUCUUUCAAAGCAGAAGAAAUGGCAACGACAUGCAACUCCUCUUUGCCCUCUGAACCCACAAAUAAAUUCCUUGAUGCAAACAUCGCUGAUGUGAUGGACAACACGUCAACGUGGAAUGAGGAGCUGGAAAAUGAGCUUUUAAAAGUUUUGGACAGUCUGGAUAACCAGCUGGCAAAAGAACAAUCUCAAGAUACUAUGAAUUCAAGGACUCCAAUUAACUAUGGCUCCACAGCAUCAGAAAUCCAUCAUCAUUCCACUGUUGUGCAACCAAAUUUCCUCAGAGAAGUACAGAGAAAUGACCAGAACUUGUUUUUCCCAGAUAGAACAAGGACAUUAAGAGCCAGAGAUAAAUACAAAACACUCUUCACACCAAGGAGGCUUUAUGAUAACUAUACGAAGCAGCAUCACCCAGAAAAAUACAUACAUGGGGAUGUGCAUGAUGAGAGAUCUUCUGUUUUGAAGAGAGGAUAUUCUACUUGUUCUCUUGGACGUUCUUCAGAAGAUAGGCUGGCAUUUCCAUCAGGAUCAUACAGAAAUGGAUUUGGUCCUAAGGACUUCAUGUGCAAGAAUAAAAUGGGCAGAAGUUACUCUUUGUCUUGCCUUACAAGGCAUUCGUCUUUGAUGUCUGCUGACGGGUUUUCCACCGGUACCUUACAGCAUGAUUUGGAAAACAACAUGGACUUCACAAAAGUCAACUUCCAGCAUCAUUCCAGACGGAUUCCUCUUUCAUCUAUUGUAUGGAAUAUGCCACAGUCUUCUAGACAUUCACUACAUCCAAACAGACUUCGUAGAACACAGUCAUUGAUAGAAUUUAACUUAGCAUUCAAGGACAGACAUCUUUGUUCUCCAGAGGAAAAUGCAAGAUAUAAAAAUUUUAGGUCAAAAACAAAUUACAGACCAGUAAUACCAAACCAGAGCCAUCCUUUAUUCACUGAGAGACGUAUAGACCCUCUGUGUUUCGACAGUCGGGAGAAUUAUGUGUUACAUCCAUUGAAAAAUGUUUCCAAACCAUGUUACAGGUACUCAUCAUUUCGUGGUAAAAUGAACCCGUCCCCAAACAAUCUUCCUUUUGGAAGAACGGAGGAUUAUCUUUUUAGACGUCAUAAUCACCAUCAGUAUUUCAGGGAUGGUAACCGUGUCCCUGAUGUAAACUUCGAACAGGCGAUUGACCGGCGAAGUGACUACGGGGGGGAAAAUGACAUUUGGCAAAGUGAACAUAUGUGUGACUGUGCCUCAGAAUACACAAAGAUUAGGGACCAUCUAGGAAGAGGAACUAACAAAUGGUUUGUAAAGUGUUCAAAGGGCGUGCACAAAAGUCCAACUUAUAUCUCAGCUGCUUUGGAGAACCAGACUGAAUAUGCAGCACCAAGUCCGAGUCACUUUAGUGGAGAUAGUCAAGUGCCUUCAAAGACGUUUGUUAAACCCUUUCAAACCAAGAAAAACUCUAAAAUGUGUGGCAUGGAAGAGGUGAAUGGUGCUGAUCAGUCAGACAAAAUGGAUAGUAUGGACAUGAAAAAGCCAGCGUCAAUUCAAGCGUUUGGACAAAUAAAAACAAGUAAUCCAACAGAAUAUCAGUUGUCCCCUCCUACAGUCUCUUCUCAAGCUACCCCUCCUAUGAGUGUAGCCCUUCAUCCACCUUUUAUAUUAAAUUCAAAAAGGCAAGCCAAGGCAAAUUCCUCAAGACGCAUUGAAAACAUUUGUUUAUUAAACAUUCACACUAACAAUGGCCAAAGAAACGAAGACAACAGCACUGAAAGCAACAGUGUAAAGCAAGCUUGCCCCCCACACCUGAUCGCUAAUCCUUCAAAGCUGUCAGUUCUUCAAAGUAACCCUCAAGAGGAACACCAGCUGGAAACUUUGAAAGCAUUUAACCCUGACAAGAUGUUAAACCCUGUUUUCACUGAAGACCCCAAAGUACUUCCAAACAAUGAUUUCCCUCUUUUGUAUGCUGAAACACUCCAUCAGCCAAAUAGAUUUGUUAGAUAUUCAACUAGUAGUAGCAUUUGUGGCUCACCCAGCAGCAGCCCUCUCAAAUCUCCUAAAACGCCGAAGACAUUAUAUCAAAAAUCAGCUAGUAUUGAUGGCAGUGAUCUCUCUAAAAAACGCAUCUCUCUCCCUACGAGGAAAAUUCCUUUCAGAAAUAAGAGGAUGGGGGAGGAUAACAUAGAAGCCCAUGUAUCAAACAGACUUGGGAAUAUUUAUUCAAAUAAGGGAGAUAAGAGGUCUCUGUUCAGCUCAUCCUGCUCAUCCUUAAACAUGUCACCCAAAGAAAUGGCUGAGGAAAAAAAUAAACAAAUUAAAAAGUACCACGUGCAUUUAAUUCAAGCUCCUAACUGCCCAUCAGGGAGCACUGAUAUAAUUGGCAGCAAGCGGAAAAAAAGAGAUGAGAUGCUUGGUCUAGAGAAAGCAAUUUUUCUCUCUCCUGAAAAGGAAGAAGCAGAAAAUCCUUUAAAGCAAUAUAAAACUACCAGCACAUUGACAGUAAGCAUAGACGAAGAUAAUGUCAAAUACCAUGAAUUGAUUUCGGUUUAUUAUACUUUACCACAGAAACAUUCAAAAACUUUGUGCGAUGUCUUCCUGGGAGAUACCAAAAAGGCAGAUUCACCCUCAUCCCCAGUAAAAUCCGAGAGCCCUCAAAAGCAGUAUGAAGUUCGUGUCGGUAUGACAACUGUAGCUUUUCCAUCCAGCUUAGAAAAAGGAGAGAAACUUAUUUCCCCUAGCAAAAUGCCUGCUCCUGAUGAUAUACAAGAGGGUUCAAAAAAUACAGGCAAUCCUGUUAAAGAUCUCCAAGUUUCAAAUCCCAUUGUGGGAACAGCAGAUAAUUCUCAAGCACAUUGUUCAAUGAGUAAGAAAAAAGAAAUAGUUGUAUCAGGAACAGAAGAGCUGGGACUUGCAGUUUCCAAUAGGCUACCUGUGGAUGGCCCCAAGCCCAGCAGAAAAGAGAUUGAAACAGCUAACGCCAAUAUUCUGUCUAACUUGCAUGUUGGCAGGCACUCUUCUCCAUGGACAGAGACACCAAAACUUAAUAAAAGCUUACAUCUUAACUCACUGAAUUCCAAAAAUAUUUCUUUGGGGAACAUUUCUGUAGUUUCUUCUGUGAUAAAUGGCCAAAAGGGGAGUCCUGGCUGUAGUCAGCCGUCUGCUGAAGCAUCAGCAAGCAUUCCUCCUUCCAAUUUAAUUGAUGUUAUCCAGGACAGAAAGCCCACUGCGUAUCCAGAAGUCGACACCCGAGUAAAUGUCACUAAAGAAAAAAUUAGAAAUGCUGCAGAGAUCAAAGAAAGGGCUCGUUAUAUAUGCCGCAUUAUUUCUGAAAGGGGACAUCAUUUUCCACCGAGAAAUGAAGGUAUCCGAAAUGAAACGUCCAUUUCAACAACCAAGAUGCAUUCAGAUCCCCAGAAUUUUACAGUGCCGGGGGAUGCUGCUUUUUCAGCUAAUGCAGCUGUUCAUCCCAAAGGGAAUGCGGUAGAAUGUUCGAGGCCCCAACAGCAAGAGAUGCCUCAAAAUCCUGCCCUCCACAAAACUGGCACAUAUUUACAGAGGUCUGAAAGAGUCUGUGUGGACAAUGAGAACCUUAGCUCUGAAGAUCAGCAUUCAGGUCCUACGCAGGACUUGCCUGAGCGUUUACUACCUGAAAGUAAGCUUGCGCUGGAUGGCCUUAAAAAUAAAGUUAAUGACAUAGAAAAGAGGAAAAAUAGGUCUUCAGUUAAAAACAAACUGGCAGCUAUGUGCAGAACAAGUCGAAAGUUUUCUAAUAAGAAAAACUCAAGUCCCAAACCACAUGUAAGUUGCAUAUUUUCACAAAACGAUGCACUUCCAUUAGAGAAGAGCAGCCACCAUCCACUGUUCAUUUCACCCGAUGAUUCCCGGCAAACAGGGAACGAGAAUCAGAAUCAGGUUUUUCUACCUGGUGAAUUUGAUAUUCCAAGACUGAGUAAAGUGGAAACUAAGAAAUUGCAAGCUAAUGAAGAUAGGAGGCCUUUGACAAACUUGUGCAACCAGAAAAGAGAACAUUCUGGGCAAAGCGAUAAAAAUAUAAAGACCAUCCAAAAUUCUAGCAUCUUAUUUUCAAAAUCAAUUAUGCCUGCGCUAAACAACAAUUUACAAACAAGUAGCAAAGUUAUAGAAAAUAACAACCAUCCCAUUUUCUCCAAAUGCGCAGGAAUGGAUGCUUACCCCCAAAAAAGAGGUCAUUGUAAAGUUGGUGAGCUUUCAUCUUUUCCACUUUUAUCUGAUAAACAUGCAUACAUUAAAAAUAAUUCAAAGGCAAAUAUUUGCCCACUGCAAAAAUUGACUUCUCAAGCAGAAUGUGAUGAUUAUCAAGAUAAUGAGCAGUCAGGCGUCUUUAAAAAUGUAAACCAAACCUGUGCCAAGCCAGUUCUAAAUCUCAACAAAACCCAGCGUGAACGACAUUUUUCUGAAAGUUCCUAUACACAAAAACUGCAUGAUUAUUUGCCCCCCAAAAACAACCUGACACAGCCCGGAUAUAAUCGGAAGUUUAAGUCCUAUUCUGAACUGUUGUCCUGUGAUGAAAAUGAGAACUGGGACGCAUACAACGAGAAUAAUAGGAACUUUGGCUCGCGACGUAUCAUGUACCCCUCCAUUGAAUUCGGUAUUUUUGGGAAAGAACAACAGCAGGCUUUCUUAGAUAACAUAAAGAAGUCACUCACGGAAGGACGGUUGUGGAAUCCAUGUCUUUUAAAGAACUCCAGGUCUAUCAAAAGGGAAGAUGGGUACUCCUUUCGUGGGUUGGAGCUGUUGAAAUCGAGUGCUACAGAAGAACAGUUCCCAAACGAACCUUUUGAUUGCCACGAAGAAGCCUCUGCGUAUUCUUCAGAUUCUGACUCUGACACCACCACAGAUGAUGAAUAUUAUCUGCAUGAGUAUGAGAAAGAAUCAGAAUUAUGAGGAACUCAACAACUGUAGAAAGCAACGACCUAUUACUAGCUGACUUGUUGGUUGAUAGCUUAUAAAAGGGUGGGGACUGGAAACUUGACUAGCUUUCUGUAAAUGCGCUAAUUUGAAUUCAGAUACUAAAUGGACAUAUUGCACUGAUCUAGCCUUUCACAAUUCUGGCUUUUCUUAAAUAUGUGGACUCCUAGAGUUCUAAGAAAUAUUCUUGGAAUUAAGGUCCACAUAUCUGGGGAAUGCUCAAGAUUAUAAAACUUGGUAUUAGGGUAGGGUGAACUCAGUCACUAUGGCUUAUAAACUGUGGCGUGCUUUUUUGUGUGUUGCUUAAAUUCAACCAAAUGUGGUUUAUUCAAUAAACCAUGGUGAAGCAAGCCAUAAGUUAAGAGUUUUGUGAACCUAGCCAUUCUAGUGAUCAGCUCAAAAAUCGGGAUUUGUUUUAAAUGGUAAAAUCGCCCUACAUUUGAAUCUCCAAUGGCUCUGAAAAGAAUAAAGGAAUUAUCCUACUGGUUCUCAAAUGGGUGUGCCUGCUUUUUCAGAGCAAGGUCCCUUGUACCAGUCAACUUUGGCACAUAAUCAUAACACGGCUGCUUUCAUCAGCAGUUGAAUGUUUGCAUUCAACACAUUGAUGGCCUUUCUGUGUUUCAACAAAUCUAAAACAUCUAAGUUUUAGUGGAGAAAGGGAAGAUUCAGAACAUGUGUAUAUUUAAUAUCCUAAAUGAGAAAUAUAUUCUUUUAAUUAGAAAAUGUGUGUUUUAUUAAAACCGCAUUAAAAUGAAAGCAGCUACUUCAAUGAGGUAGCUAUUCUUAAGCUUCAAAUCAUGCUGAAGCUAUUGCAAGAGACUCUCUCAUUCAAAAUAGUGAAAUUUUAAAAUGCUACAUGUUCACUGAUUUCCUCUUUAGUUUUUUAAAAUCAGUCUAUUGACAUGAUGUACAAAAUUGGUUAUUCUGAAAUGCUGAAUACUUUGUUAAAGAACUAUGUAUGAACUGAAUGUACAGUAUACAUUUAAAUAUUUGUUUUGUAUGGCAGUUACACUUGAAAGUACUUCUAAAGUGCAUAUUUAUAUUUUAGUUCAUGUAAAUGAAACCAUUCUAGUAAGAUUCUAAUUAAUGGUCUGUUCGUGUAAGAAUACAUUCCUGAAAUGUGAAUUAUUUUGAAAAAAUGUGCAUUAAUUGUGCAUAUGGCCUAAUUAAGCUGUGUAGCUUUUUGUAUUACAAAAAGACUUUGGACCUUGUAAAAGUUUAUUGAAGCUUUUUUUUUACUGAAAAUACUUCUAUGUGACAAGCUCGGAGAGCAGUCAAAAUGUCGUGCAAGGACAUAUAUUUACACGCAUACAAAACUCUUCUUUAGUAUUUUUUUUCCUGUGCUUUGCUUUUAUGACUUUUGUUCUCUUGUACAUUAUAAAUAUGUUGUUUGUUUUGAGAUCAAUUUUCAGACCAUAUUUUCUUCUAUGAGUUUCUGUUCCAUGUAUCCAGGUGUUUUUACAGUAUGCUACCUGUGCAAACAAAACUGUAAUUCCACUGAAGAGCAAAAAUCCUUCAAUGCAACCUGAUCUCGUUAAUGCAAACAACUGUUUGGUAUUUGCUUGCAUGGGCAGGUAAAAACUCCGUUACAAAGUAAGUCAAGUUCAGAUGGGGAAGGUCAAUCUAUAGCAACUGAACCACCCAUUCCAAAGUCCAUCUAGCUAGAGCAACGUUACAGAGCUGAAACUGAGGAGCAGAUGGGAACAGAAAUAUGUUAACUCCAGGACUCGUGUAGUUUCUCGUUUCUAGUUGGAGAAGAGGAAUCCAGAUAAUUCCAAAUCUUCUGAUUUGCCUUCAAAAAUAUAUGAAUUUCAUGGGGUUUUCAAAACAAUUUUGGACUAUAAGACUGAUUUGGUUGGUGGCAUUUUCCAAACCAUCUCUCCAUUGCUUAUUAGAAAGGCUAUUUCAGAGUGAAUGGCAGUAGAUAAGUCCAAAGUAUGAAAAAGUCCCACUCUAUUAUCAGCACUGUAUAAGAAGCUCCUUCUACAGUUUGAUAGAAUUUUCUUUGUAGAACAAGGCAACAGACAGCAAUCCUGUUUUGGCACUAUAUUGAUAGUAGGCAUUCGAUUAUAGUUUAGCAGUUUGUCCCCAGAAAUUUGGUGUUUUUCUGUCUUACGUUGACGACUUGUGUUGUGUUUUAUGCAAGCCUUCCCCAGUCCUUGUAUCUUCAAAUGCGUUGGGACUACGUCCCAGAAUUCCUUGCCAGCAUAUUGCAGUGCAAGCACAUUUAGAUGUAACUAGGGGAAACUUUUUUUUUUCCAUUUGAAAUAAACUAUUAAUAUUGACUACCAAUAUUUUUAAAUAAAUGGACUAUAUUUAUGACUGA